AUGGCGCGCCACGGCGAUAUCAACCCUCAGAAGCUCCUCAAGGAAGAGUAUGCAUGGCUUCCCUCCCUUUUUAUUGGACGAGGAUGAAGUAACGGAAGAUGAUGAGUAUUUGAGGUUUCGGAGUGCUGAGCGCUCACAUUCUCCUGCUUCUUUUUUGUUCUUCUGUUUCUCGGUGGAAACUAUCGUCUCUCAGAUUCGUGAGUGGCCUUACCGGAUCUUCCAUGCUUGAGAUUUCUGCCUUGUCCACGAUCGUCCCGGUGAGCUUUUGGCUGUUUCAUCUUUCUUUUUUCUCCGACAACUCGAUUAUGAUAGCGUAGUUUUCUAUAUAAUAAUUUUGUUCGGACGGGGUGUGCAUAUUUUGUCCAGGCUGUGGCGGUUCUUCGGCAAUGGAGUGGUUUCUGCAAUGGAACUUGUAAGUGUACUGUUUUUGUGAUCUGUUUUCCACCUUUCGAGUCUUUGAAUAUGGUUAUUAUUCGACUGGUUUUUAUUAUAAAAUUCUUUGAAUUUAUGCUCGCUGAUGUUUUUGCAGGCGCAAGUAGGCCGAAGAAGAAAGACGAUGGAGAUAUGGCCGAUUCUGGUAGAAGUUGGAGAAGAUACAUAGCCUCCCUCACUGUGGACUAUAUCUUUGUCAUCCUGCCGAUUCUUUCGACUCUCACCGUAAGGUCAUCCGGUAUUUUAGCCAUAGGAGAAAGGUUUACAAUUUUAAUUUUUAGGUGAUAAUGCCAGCUUAUUUUCUCUCAGGUCCUCGCUGACUGGGUCUACAUGUGUACCAUUGCUCUGAUGUUCUUACUUCUCUGGAUUUUAGCAAAAAGGUGUGCCCCCUGAGUUAAUUUUAUUUAUUAAUCUACUCAGCAUAUUUAUGACUGUUAUACUUGCUGCCCGAAGAUUAGGUUUAGUGGUGUAUACAAAGGUAAAGGUCAAAAAAUUCUAUGCAUGUGAUUAAAGAUAGCUCUGUUGGAGCUAUGCCAAAUAUGACGAAAGUUUGUGAACUUUCGAUCCUAGUUGAUUUGCAUCACAUGUCACCCUGAGCUCUUUCCGCUUAUCCUCCUGCAGAUAAGCUGAUUACACAUGCUUAAUAAGUGUGUUUUAUUUAUUGCUAUUUGAGGACGUAAAUGGCAGUAACGACAGAUUAAUAUAUGUGAAGUGUAUGGAAGAGUAUUUUAUGAGCUAAAAUACUUGGGAUUUGUACAAUAUGUAUAAAUGAAAGAGCGCUCAAGCACAGGGUUUCGGUGGAAAAAAAAGAAAUAUCAGUGCAAAUUUCAUAUGUAAAUCGUUGAGAAUAUGUACAAGGAAAAGUAAUAACUCAUCUUAGGAUGCUUUCUGAGAUCCCACAAACAGACGGUUUGCACUGUAGCCAUUUAAUUAUUAUUUUAUUUUAUAUGAGUUGACUACAUGCUCGAUAAGAGUUACCAUUGUUUCAGAAAUAUUGUCAAAGUGUUUAAUCUUAAUAAUCAAAGCAAAGAGAUACAUGAAUGGGACCGUGGACAUAUAAUUCAUUCCAAAUUCGAAUAAUAAUUCGAAUUAGAGUUAUGUAUAUGAAUGUGAAAAAUGUAAUCACAGCUACUUAUCUGAAGUGGAAAGCAGCCUUAGAUGGUCAUCAUUUUUCUGUUCGUUUGAAGGUAUUGCGUACAAGAACAAGUGUAUUAACUUUGUUUUGGUUCAGAGGGUUGGUAGUAAAGAAAAGUAAAAUUGAUGAGAUGAGAACUUCUGAAAUGAAACAAUAAAGGAUGCCAGUUUCUAAUUAUUCUAUUAGAGAGAGAGAGAGAGAGAGAGAGAGAGAGAGAGAGAGAGAGAGAGAUCAGAGACUGCAAUGCUAGAUGAUAAAAAAUGUAUGGAUGUUAUUUGAGUGGUUUUAGAUAUGCAUGAAAACGAAUGACUAUUACACCUUUGAGAUAUAUGAUUCCAAACGUAAAAGAUGAAUUAUAUUGGAAUAAUAAAAAUGAUUUCAUUUUCUAGCAUUGCCACAUUAUGGUCAUGUAUGCUGUUAGCUCUCAUCAAGUCGAUAUAUAUUACUUGUGCUUAAUUACUCUUAUAAUUUCACUUUGACAUACUGUAAGAUAUUCAUUUGAGGUCUCCUGAAUUCUAUUGCUUAGAUCUGGACCUUAUACUAUUGGUCACAUGGAAAGCUCUAAUACGUCUCCUCUGAGGACAAGUAUUUUGUCAUACCGUGUUUCUAUGGUAUGCCGUUUCUUUACUUUCUCAACAAAAGAAUUUUUAUUCUGUAUCAUAAGGAGAUGUUUUUUCAUGUCAGAUGAUUGUGACCUGCCUGUGCAUUUUGGCUGUUGACUUCAAAAUUUUUCCUAGACGUUAUGCAAAGGCUGAGACCUAUGGUACUGGUCUGGUACGUUUGUUUAUCUUUUUCCAGUUAUUUUUUUAUUUUUUUGGUCCUUAGUAAUUUAUUUUUAUACAUUUUAAUCAUUUUUAACUAGUUAUCUUGUAGCCUUUGACGUUAAUUCUACCAUUCUAAUAUAAAUAAUGUAAUCUCCCAAGGAACAUCUCUCUAAAAAAUGGUUUGCCAAAUCGUUCAGUGAGCAGUGAAUUCAUUCCCUUUCCAAAACAGCCCACGAGUGGUAAACCCUAGACAGAGAUAUUUACCUUAUCAGGCAACUGCCAGGCUCCACGUCCUUUUACAAUUAUGAAUCCUAGUUUUCAGAAGAUGAAGGAUAAUUACUGCUGCCAUUUCGUCCUGUCUAAGCUGUACCCACAUUUCGCCAAUCUCUAGUGGAGUUAUAUAGUGAGGAAACGGUAUUAUUACAAGAUUCUCUCCUCAGGCUCACAAAAUAGCCUUAGUUUAAAAUCAAAACACAAUAACUUGUCCAAAAAUCUAUUUGGCGCUGAAAACAUGUAUUGGCUCUUGAAUGGACUGUCCAGAUUUUAGAUGAACUAAAAGAUCUUAAAUGAGCUUGGACUGUCUUAGUUUUUGCAUCUCUUACUUCCUGACCCUUUAUAUCAUAUUAAUAAUGAAGAAAAUCACUGAGAGCUGUCCCAAUGAACAUGAUUCUUUGUCACUCCUAGUUUGAGGUGGAAGCAUCAUUGCCUUUUUAACCUCUGUAGCUCAUUUAAAACACCAAUGCUGCUAUGCUAUAUGAGAUGUAUUUGAAGACGAGACUAAUAUUCAGCCCUCAGUGUCAGAUUGUGCUGUUUCACAGUUAACAGUUAUCACUACUAAAUACUAGAGAGAUAAAAAUCAGAUCUAGGUGAGUUCUACUGAUUUCUGUACCAGUUCCUAUAAGUUAUGUGAACAUUGUACAAAAAUAAAUUAUGGUUUCAUUCCUUCCGAUUCCACAAUCUAGAGAACUUAAGCAGUUCCUAUUAGUCUCUCAUUUAUUUCACAAUUUCAAGUCUUUGCCAGAUGGUUUAUGGUAAUGUGCCAGUCUUCCUUUCUUCCUCAUGUGAUAUCAACUUUCUAAUGAAUGUGCUAGUUUCAAUCUCCCCAGCUUUCACAUUUGAAAAUAACAAUUUUCUUCCUAAUAAAUUCUAGCCAGUCGACCUUGUUGCAUUUAUGGAAAUUGAAUGAUGGAUACUGAGAACUCCUUACCUUUUUUUUUGACUAUUGAAGAGACCAGAUCUAACCAAUAGUACAAGCUAAUCUAAAUUCUUGGUAAGGUAGAUUAUUUGCUACCAAUUUUAUGACAGCCAGUUUGUUUUAAUAUAUAAUUAAUUCGCUGAAACUCCUAUUUCUCAAUGAAAAUGGUUAAAAGAUAUGUAUGAGAUGAAAAUUCAGGUAACAUAAGCUGUAUUUAAUUAGUUUUUGGCCAUUCAAAUUCGAAGGAAUAUGUGCCUAGCAAAAUAUAAAACUGAAACAGUUCCUGCUUUGAUGAGAAAAAAGCGAGGACUUUGUUGCAUAAUAUUCUUUUUGAGUGCUUCCAGAAAUGACAUGUUACUUCUAUGAUAAAUUCUACCUCUAUUUCCAUCAGUUAGUAUGCAUUGUCUUUCCUGGAAUUAUAUUAUAGAGAAAACUGGAUAUUGGUUUGAUAGUUGCAUGGAUACCACAGAUGGAUCUUGGGGUUGGAUCUUUUGUUUUGGCAAAUGCAUUAGUUUCAAAACAAGCACGUUGUUCCACAAUGGGGUAAGCUUUAUUGCAGAUAGAAUAUGAUGUCCUCAAUGAAUUAUUGCAUCUUUAACUUUGUUACUAGAAAACUAUUGACAUGUCAGUCGUCCAUUAUACAUGUUUUAUGCACUUUUAUACAGGACUCAACGGUUCAUGUUUAACAGUGAAUGAAAUAAUGUCUAUAACCUUGCUACAGUACUAAAGACUCAUGUUUAAUAGUGAAUAAAAUUAUUCGAAAAUUAACAUGCUCAUAAUUAUGCAUGGCACCGUAUAUGAAUCUCAACUUGGUUUGCCCUUGUGGAUGUUUUGCCCUACUUGUAUGGGUCAUUCUUUAUCAGUUAGAGGAUACAGGAGAUACUUUUGAAUUGAAAACUUCUAAUUCCAAAAUCCCAUGCUGUACUAUGUCUACAAUAGCUCCGUUACUUACAUUACUCUACUUAUCAUUAAUUAUCAACCUUCUGAACCCUUCGACUUGAAUUUAAAAAAUUGCAGGUACUGCUUUGACUUUUCUGUUUCCGUUCACACUUUGAGCGGUCUCGAAUUUUUUUUUCUUAGAAUACUCUCCCCAAAUCAUGGGGUCUGUAUCUUCUUUUGUGAUAUAUGCGAAAAACCCUCUCCAUCCCUUGGGAAAAUCACGCCUGGACUGUGUGGGGAAUCAGACAUUUUGAUACUCUUUCUGACCUUAAAAGUCUCGUCCAGAAGCACAAGGCCGCACAGGUUGUUAGGUUUGUCCUGCAGCCUAUUCUUUCUGCUAUGAAGAUCACUAGAACGAAACUAAGACUGAGAUUUGAUCACUGCAUUGCCAAUGGGGAUGGUGAUUAAUUUGCUCAACUUUGCCGAGGAGAUAUUGACUUUUUUCCUUUGGCUAUAUGUAUAGGUUCACGUUUACUUGUUAUCACACAGUGCAUUGGCUGAUAUACAAUACUUUAUUUGUUGGUGAGAAACUGUUAUAUUUUGAAACAGUUCAAUGUGGUUGACGGUCUAUUUAAACCUGUUAAAUAUUGAAUUGGAGAUCACAAACGUCUGUUGGGGUACAUGAGUGGGUUGAGUGGAAACUUGAUUUGAAAGCACCCAAAUUUUUACCGACGUUGGCUCUUGUACAUUGGAACGAAUUUUAUCGAAGCUGCUGGUGAUGACUGUUAUAGAUUUUGCGGGCUUUGUACAGAAGUGCUAGGUUCUCAGCGGUCAGUCUCUUGAUAGCUUGAUAUGUUUUUUAGCUCUCACAGUCAACACAGUAGUUAUUCUGUCCUUCCCAGUUCUCAUGCUUGAUUUUCGUUUUCUUUACAUCUGAAUGUUUCUGGCUUUUCACUAAGAAAUUUUAAUUUAUACCUGUCUCUGGAGCUAUUAUUUUGGUAUAUGCCAAUGAUGUCGGUCAAAUAAGCUGUUCUCAUUGACUAGACGCUCUGAUGGUGAAGGCUAUGCGGUUGAUUUUUUUACAUGAUAAAAAUUGCAUUGUAUCCACUUCUUUCAAGGAAAGUGAUGCCCCAACUUUCAUCCACAGGAAAUGGAACACAACACUUAAAUCAAUAACUCCUCUAAUCGUCUUGGGCUUUGGACGGCUAAUUUUCACGAAAGGUGUGGAUUAUCAGGUGAUGAUCUUUCCUUUCUUGGUGAAUUCAUAUUUUGUUCCAUUAAUCAGCGCCAGUUCCUCUGUGGUUGUUAGGCAAGCAGCCAUGUCUAGGAGUGUUCACUCUGUUAAUAAUUCCUGUUCUUGUAGUGUCUCUUCUUGGGGUCCUAUUUCAAUUUGACAAUCUAGCAUUUAUAAUUGCAGGUUCAUGUUGGAGAAUAUGGUGUUCAUUGGAAUUUCUUUUUCACGCUUGCAGCUGUAUCAUUACUGACAUCUAUUACUAGGCUCCAUCCAAUAUAUUGUGGAAUACUUGGAUUGUCCAUUCUUGUUGGUAACACUGAGUUGACGUCUAAACGCAUACUUUUUAACCCCAAAAAUGAGAUAUUAUUGUUGAACCCAAUUCUCGUUGCUAUGCAGCUUAUCAGAUUUUAUUGAUGUCUGGUUUGAAUAUUUAUCUUCUUUCUGAUGAAAGGGCAUCGGACAUCAUCAGCCUGAACAAGGAGGGCAUUUUUAGUGUAUUUGGUGAGUUUACCUGUACUCUUCUGUUUGCCUUUUUCCAAUUUUUUUUCUUAAUAUUUCGACUUGCCGUAGGAAGGAAUCUGUCUCAGAAUCACCGUCCCAUUUUUGGAAUUUGGGUAUAGUCUUGUCAGCCAGCCAGAAAUUUCUGAAAUCACGUGAAUAUUUCAUAUUCAGAGAAAAUACUAUUUCACCAUUACAGAUAUUUCCAUAUUUGAAGAAUUUCAUUUAUUGCACACCCAUGAGAAAUAACUGGUAAUUGGUAAUGUUUGAGAAUCACACAAUCUCUGGCCAGGAACAAACCGAGGAAAGAUACUUCAAUCUUAUGACUUGACUUAAUUUGCAUGCAUUAUUUACUCAUGUUUUGAAGAUUAAAAGGUGAGACGAGAAAUGGUGUAGAGUGCCACGUUUUAUGCAUUAGAAACCUCACACCAGCGUCCCAGUUAUAGAAUCUUGUGGAAAGAUGUUCUCCUUUCAGUUGACUCAACAUUUUCCCUGCCAGAAACAAUACCCGCAUUAUUCAAUCACAUCUCUCUUGGAAAAAUACUUUCAGAACUCCAACUAAUGCAUGAACUAUUUAGAGAGGAUUAAAACCUAGAAAUCAAAAUAGUGUUGUCAAUGAAACUACAAGGACGAGGAAUAACUUGUUCAUGAACAAGUCCACUGUGGGACCUGAACUGUUGAUGCAUAAUUUUUCUGGUCACCACGUUCAUGAGAAUGCUGCUUGGAUACAUGGGGAUUCUUCUCCUGUUUUAGCACAAAAUGGACGUUGGUCGUUCUCCCUGAUAUUCUUCAUUGAAUUCUGUGUGUGUCUUUAAACUGCAGGUGCCGAGAUUUUUUGUCAAAAUAGAAACUUUGUGGUGCCUUCUUCAACCCUGUUUUUAACCAAAAAUAUCAAACUUUGUGGCAGGAUAUUGGGGUAUGUAUCUUGUUGGUGUUUACUUGGGACAUAGUUUGCUCUUCGGAAAUGUGGCAACCGGCAUGACAAAAGAAGUUCAGCAGACGAGGACUAAAGUCUGGUUCCUCUGUGUUAUGUUUUGGUAUACUCCGAAAAGUCUUGAGCUUUUAAUGAUUUUCUUAUUGAUAUAUUGGCGGGGAGUGAGAUAUCUGAUGCUGUUCUUCAUCUGGGCUGCAUUUUAGGCUUUUGACCGUCAUCCUUGACAAGCACGUAGAAAGAGUUUCCCGUAGGAUGGUAAAAGGACUUCAUCUCUAAUUUUUGUGUGCUCUAGUUUUCAGCAAGCCAUUUAUGCUCAUUUUAUACGAUGUAAAUAGAUGCAAGUGUUUUCUUUAUCAAAAUGCUGGUUCAUGCAAGAAUCGCAGAAUGAAAUUUCCUUUUUGUUUUACUCUUGUGAGAAAAAAUUCUCCAUCAGAGAGUUUCAUGAUAUGGCUGCGGAGUAUAAACCUGGAUCUCUAGGAAAUGACAACAAAUAUUUUGGUGCAGUGCAACCUGGCGUAUGUGAUGCUAGUCUUAGCCCAAAAUUUUCAGGUAAAUAUUUAACCUUUUUAUUUAAAUAUUGGUCGUAAUUUAUAUUCUAGCUUGUAUUUUUUUAGCAAAAAAAGUAAAUUUGAUUAAAAAAUGCACCAAUACCAUUGGGAUAAUUUGGUUUAUCAAUUCACGCUUCUUUAUCUCUGACACCUUUUGCAUCUUCAACAAUAGUUCUAGAGAUGCCAGAGAUGACAAUUCUCUGUUGAUUAUUAAUAGAGAAGAUGGGUAGAGAUAGAGUCCCUGCAAUCAGGCAAAUAUUUAGUUGCUAUAAGAUGUUCAUGAAAUAUCAUGUGCGCUUCACUUUCUGGAGCAUGCUUCCUCCAAAUAUCCAGUUACUGGAAGAGACAAAAAGAAAUGAGAGAGAGAGAGAGAGAACUGGCCCUGUUGGCCACUAUUGUUCCUGCCAAUCGAAAGGAAACAUGGAACAAAUGCACAUUUUUAUCAGAGCACACCCUUAUUCCCAUCGUUCAAUCCUUCCCAAGCUUGGGUUACAUGGGUCACGACCAAUCUGACUUUCUUAUCUUGGAUUAGAGUUCCCCAAGAGCCUGUUGACUAAUAUUCGCAUCAGAUCUGCUCAUCUUGUUCACAUAGUCAACAUGCUCUCUGUAGGUAUUCUCAAUUAUGCUGGUUUCAGACCUUGUCCCCGGACAAAAGCCUCUACUACUCGAAGAAGCAAUUGACCAGAAUCUACUUGGGGUCUUUCUUUUGGUGGGUGCAACCCUAAUCUUGCCUAUGACAAAUAGGGUAUUAAAAACACUUCCUGAGAUCAUCUUAGAGGGGAAUCCAAACAAUCGUUGACUUUUUCCCCUUUCCUGAUGCAGGCAAAUCUACUUACGGGCAUGGUGAACUUGUGUGUGGACACACUCUCAUCCUCAACAGUUGCCGCGUUUGGUAUUUUAUCAGGUUACAGUGUCGUUUUGGUAGGGUUUGUGGGUCUCGCCAGGUUCUGCAGAGUCAAACUCAAGUUCUGGUGA